UGUCCUUUGCGGACUUGGGGCAGCGACCUAUUCUAUCACUGCCCUUUACCUCCGCUCGCUCGUAUCCGCCACCACUAUCCCUUGUAGGGCCUUCUCAUUCAAUCUCCUGAAGACCCAAAGCCAGCAUGUCGAGCACAUGUACGAACAUGUUCCCUCCGAAGCCCGAGUGGAGCGUUGACCAGAUCCCCGACUUGUCGGGUAAGGUCAUCAUCGUCACUGGCGGUAACACGGGUAUUGGUAAGGAAACUGUCAAGGCCCUGUUGAACCACAACGCGAAAGUGUACAUUGCCGGACGCAACCCGCAACGGGUGAACGAGGCUAUCGAAGACUUGAAGAAAGAGACCGGCAAGGAGGCGCUCUUCUUGCAGGUCGACCUCGGAGACUUGACCACGAUUCAGCCCGCGGUCGAGUCCUUCAUGAGCCAAGAGCAGCGUCUCGACGUGCUCUUCAACAGCGCCGGGGUUAUGUACCCUCCUGUCGAACAGGUCACAAAGGACGGGUUCGACCUGCAGUUCGGAACCAACGUGAUCGGCCACUUCCUGCUCACAAAGCUCCUCCUCCCGCGCCUCAUCGAGACAGCCAAGUCGUCGCCCGACGGCAAGGCGCGUGUGAUCAACACGUCCUCCAUGGGCCACACCUUCGUAUCUGGAAUCGACUUCGACGCGAUCCGAGACGGACAAAAGCGCUUCAAGGCAGGCACGAAGAAGCUCUACUCGCUGAGCAAGUUCGGGAAUGUCGUGUUCGCGCACGAGCUGCACCGACGCUAUGCGGACCAAGGGAUCGUUUCCGUCUCGCUGCAUCCAGGUAAUCUCCAGACCGACCUGCAGAGGCACAUCUCCAAGGUCGAGGCUAUCCUGACGAAGAAUCUGUUAUACCCGGCACCGAUGGGGGCGCUCACCCAACUGUAUGCGGGUACGACUCUGGAGGGUGCGAAUCUGGGUGGCAAGUACCUGAUCCCGUGGGCUAGGGUUGGGGAGGCGAGAAAAGAGACAUACAAUGAAGAAACCGGCCGUAAGCUGUGGGAGUUCCUUGAGGACGCCACUAGGAGCUUCCAGUGAUGCGCAGUUAGGCGAGCAUGUUC